AUGUUCGAAAAAACAUCUAUCCCAUCCUUAGGAUCCUCUGCGGGAAGCCAGCUGCACGAUGAGCUACCUCCUUCACCCCUCGUGUUGAUUGCGGACUCCUAUUCCGAUAACCUCGUUGUCAAAUACCUCGUGGCCCCGAUUGCCAAGCAUCCUUUCCUAACCACCUUUGCACUUCUAGCUUUUCUCUUUGGCUCUCUCCCGGUGUGUGGCCAUUGGAACGCUGAGGAGGUUUGCGAUCGGAGAUUCAACUAUCUGGCAUUUUUCAUUGCGGUGGGACUAUUGGGCUUGAAGGGCUAUGCCACUUACCUUGGGCGAAAGCUCGAAAAAGGACGGAUGGUCGCGAAAGGCUCAACUUAG